UCUGCUCUUUCUGCCAUCACACAGAACCCAGGUUUAUUGAGACGUGUAGUUCCCGCGGGCCAGGAUUUCACCAUGAAAUACGUGGGGAUUUUUCAUUUCAGAUUCUGGCAGGGAGGCGAGUGGGUGGACGUGGUGGUGGACGAUCAGCUCCCCGUCAUCUACGGCUCCACACUCUGCUUCUCCAGUUCGAGGAACAACUCGGAAUUCUGGUCUGCGCUGCUGGAGAAAGCUUAUGCGAAGCUCCACGGUUCCUACGGCGCCCUCAACUCCGGCAAGAGCUACGAGGCGACGGAGGACCUGACGGGGGGCGUGACGGAGCGGUACCUCCUGCACCGCGAGGGCCUUCCACCCCCAAAGAACCUCUUCAGCGUCGUCGCCAAGGCCAGGCAGCGGGGGUCGCUCGUCACCUGUAAUGUGCCGGGGCGUUGCGAAAAGGAGUGCGAAAACGGGCUGGUGACGGGACACGCCUACAGCAUCACGGGCGCCCGGAGAUGCAGAAUCAACGUUCCUUGGAAACCUUACGUCGACUUGGUCCGGUUGCGUAAUCCCUGGGGGGACGAUACGGAGUGGAAGGGCCCCUGGAGCGACGGGUCGGAUGAGUGGCGCCUCGUGUCCCGGAGGGAGAAGGAGAGACUGCAGUUGACGGACGCGGACGACGGCGAGUUCUGGAUGUCCUUUGAGGAAUUCAAAAGCAAUUUCGACGAGGUCUUCAUCACAAGCCUGAACCCUCACACCAUCAACCAAGAGGCCAAGGAACAGCUGUACAACAUGGCUGACGUGGUGACCGAGGCUAUCCUGCACCCUGAGCAACUGAGGGCGCCGGAGGUCAAGAUGUCGAGGGUGUGGGAGGUCGUGACCUAUGAUGGGUCGUGGGUGAGGAAUUCCACGGCUGGGGGGUCGCCUAAUAACCAAAAGCUCUUCAGUAACAACCCUCAGUACCUCCUGAAGCUGACGGAGGCUGACGACGAUACAGAUGAAGCUGACACCUGCGCCGUAAUAGUGUCCCUCACGCAAAAGAACAGACGCGUAAACCAGCUGCCGCUUCAUCCUAUUGGAUUCUUCGUUUAUCAGAUUAACGCAGGAGGCGAGGUACCAACGCCAGCCACUGUGUCCUGGUUCCGGUUCAACGCCCCUCUGUUUUAUACCAAGAAGUUCACGCAGACUCGAACCGUGACGCACAGGCUCUCACUCCGUCCUGGCCAGUACUUGCUUAUCCCUUGUACUCUAAAACACGACCAGGAGGCUGACUUCCUGCUGAGGGUGUUCUGUGAGAAGGUCGCUGUUAUGGAAGAAAACGACGAACAUCCCAUGAUUCUUGAUACUCCCGAAACUGACGAGGUAGACUCCAGACUAGACAGCUUUCCGGAGAGUCCUAAGGUCAACAUCCUACGCGGAGUCUUCCUCGCAUCUGCGGGGGAUGACAACGAGGUGGAUGCUGUUAAACUGAAGCUCAUCCUGGAUCAUCUCUUCCCGUAUGUAGAAUUUUCUCUGGAUUUGUCUCGGAGUCUCCUGGCCAUGAUGGACAGCGAUCUCUCGGGAAAAGUCAGUUAUUUCGAAUUUGAAAAACUGAUCCAUUCCCUCAGGCGUUGGGUGCGAGCGUACGACGCGAGGAAGGGCGAGGAGAGCGGCCUCCUGUCGGGGCACUCGUGGGGCCUCGGUGACGCCCUCAGGGACCUCGGCCUCCAGAUCCCGCGCCGCGUCCGGGCCCUCGUGGUGGUGCGCUACGGCGACCAGCAGGGGCACGUCGCCCUCAGGGACUUCCUCAUGGCCGCCUGCAGGGUCUCCGUCAUGUUGGAGAGAUUCGAGAGCCACCGAGACCCGGAUGACCACGAAGCGAGCAUCCGCCUUCACGACUGGCUCAGAGAUACGCUUUAUUGCUAAAUGUUCUUCGUCUGUUCUUUCAAUUCCCGCUGUUAUGUUAUGCUGGAAAUAAAGUUCUUUUGGUGUUGA